CACACGUGCUGUUUGAGGUUAGACUUCUGUAAAUAAUAACAGAUUUAUUCCGCUGGUUUAUUGUUAUAAAAAAUAAAAGAGGGAAGGAGAUAUUUCGUUUAUUGAAUUUCUCAAAAUUGAAAUAUUUAACAAUGGCCGAUGAUAAUAUACCACCGAUAAUUGCUCGAUUAGCAGUUGAUCGAGUUGAUACGAAUUUCUUUCAAAAUCAAGAAGUUCAAAUGAAUUAUUAUACUCCAGGAGAGGAAGUUUCUACUCAGGGUGAUUUUUUAAGAGGUCAUGGCACUUACAUGGACGAGCAUAAAACUUUACGCUCAUCAGUGGCUGGUGUUUUAGAAAAGGUGAAUAAAUUAAUUUCGAUAAAGCCAUUUAAGACUCGUUAUCAGGGCGAAAUUGGUGAUGUUGUCGUUGGUCGAAUUACAGAAGUACAACAAAAGAGAUGGAAAGUCGAUACAAAUGCGAAAUUAGAUUCGGCACUUCUUCUUUCCAGUGUUAAUUUACCUGGAGGAGAAUUGAGACGAAGAUCUGUGGAAGACGAGCAAAUGAUGCGUCGCUAUUUACAAGAGGGCGAUUUAAUUUGCGCCGAAGUACAAAGUAUAUUCGUCGACGGAUCUCUUUCGUUACACACACGUGUUCUUAAAUAUGGAAAAUUAUCCCAGGGUAUUAUGCUAAAAGUCGCUCCUGGCCUGAUAAAACGACAAAAAACACACUAUCACAAUCUCGCAAAUGGAGCAAUUCUAAUUCUCGGCAAUAAUGGAUACAUUUGGAUUGGAGCAAACACAGCGGAGACCGAUCGCUCCGAAGGUGGUUUCACACAAGAUUUAUCACGUAUCUCACAACAAGACAGAGAAGUUUGUUCGCGUCUACGUAAUUGCAUUCUCAUACUAUCUGAAUGCAAUUUCUUCCUGACUGACACAACCGUAACUUAUGCUUACGAGGAAUCUAUGAAAUACAAAAUAAGCGAACUCCUUCUUCCCGAAGUAAUGGUCGAUAUCACUCUCUUGACACACCAGAGACUUAAUCAAUAAUUAUUAUUUUUUGUGCUACGAUUUUUCAUUUUAUACAAAUUAACCAAGAAUAUAAAUUUAAUUUUCAAAAAACUA